AUGGCGUGGUCUGCUAUAAAGUGCAGACAAUUGGAGGAUGGUUUUGGUUCCUUUGAGUUUGAAUUUGAGUUUCAGACCCAGAAGAGGAUAAGGUCUUCUAAGGUUUCUGAGACCCAACGGAAUCUAGCCGUUGAGGAAAAGUCGACCGUUGGUCUUCCUCUGCGCAAGGGUCUGGCUUCGUCUGCUACAAAAAAUGGCAACCCAGAAUCAGAAGAUCUGGGUUUUGAUGAAAUCUGUCAGACCCAGAAGAGGAAGAGGUCUUCUAGGGUUUUUGAGACCCAACGAAAUGUAGCCGUUGAAAAAAAGUCGACUGUUGGUCUUCCUCUGUGCAUGGGUUUGGCUUCGUCUGCUACAAAAAAUGCCAACCCGGAAUCAGAAGAGGGUUUUGAUGAAAUCUGUCAAACCCAGAAGAGGAAGAGGUCUUCUAGGGUUUCUGAGACCCAACGGAAGGAAAAGUCGACUGUUGGUCUUCCUCUGCGCAAAGUCAAAGGUUUGGUUUCGUCUGCUUCAAAAGAGACGUUGGAUUGUUCCAAAGUCUUGGAUUCUCUGAUGAACCUCGGCCAUGCGAGCUACUUCAACAAGCCUGUUGUUGAUCCUGUGGCUGAGAAUUUACCGGGUUAUUUGAAAAUUUAA